GGCUAGGAGGCAGUGCGCCAAGGCAGAUCCUGCGGAAGGGUCCCUGGCCAACCAGUCUGAGGGCGUGAGAAGGUCCGGAGACGAUCUCGAAGGGAACCCGGGCGCCGCGGGGGAAGAGAAACCCCGCUACACCUGGCGGGGAACUCGAUGAAGAUGGCGGGGCCGGAGCUGCUGCUCGACUCCAACAUCCGCCUCUGGGUGGUACUUCCCAUCGUUAUUAUCACCUUCUUCGUGGGCAUGAUCCGCCACUACGUCUCCAUCCUGCUGCAGAGCGACAAGAAGCUCACCCAGGAACAAGUCUCCGACAGUCAAGUCCUAAUUCGAAGCAGAGUCCUCAGGGAAAAUGGAAAAUACAUUCCCAAACAGUCUUUCUUGACACGAAAAUAUUACUUCAACAAUCCGGAGGAUGGAUUUUUCAAAAAAACAAAAAGGAAGGUAGUGCCUCCUUCUCCUAUGACUGAUCCCACUAUGCUCACAGACAUGAUGAAAGGCAAUGUAACAAAUGUUCUCCCUAUGAUUCUUAUUGGUGGAUGGAUCAACAUGACAUUUUCAGGCUUUGUCACAACCAAGGUCCCAUUUCCACUGACUCUCCGUUUUAAGCCUAUGCUACAGCAAGGAAUCGAACUACUUACAUUAGAUGCAUCCUGGGUGAGUUCUGCAUCCUGGUACUUCCUCAAUGUCUUUGGGCUUCGGAGCAUUUACUCUCUGAUUCUGGGCCAAGAUAAUGCUGCUGACCAGUCACGGAUGAUGCAGGAGCAGAUGACUGGAGCAGCCAUGGCCAUGCCCGCGGACACCAACAAAGCUUUCAAGACUGAGUGGGAAGCUUUGGAGCUGACAGAUCACCAGUGGGCGCUAGAUGACGUUGAAGAGGAGCUCAUGGCCAAAGACCUGCACUUCGAAGGCAUGUUUAAAAAGGAAUUACAGACAUCUAUUUUUUGAAGACCAAGCAGGGAUUAGCUGUGUCAGGAACACAGAGAAGCACUUACCCUUGUAACUUUCAUUUGAGCAGGAGCCUCUCGGAAUAAACAGAGGAUGCGUCAGCUGG